UAUAAUAACAAGUUGUACUCAAGUGCUUGCACCAUUUUUGUAGCACGGGUAAUUUUAUUUUUGAGGUCAUUACAUUACAACACGAUUUCGCCCGAUGCGCAACCGAACAAGACACGAACGUCAUCCGAAACGGAAAGAAGGGCGAUGUUGCAUUAGCGAAGAAAGACAGCUGUCGUAUCAUUUUCAGCUGAUUUUUGUGUACGCAUCGCGGACGCUGCAAACUCAAACAGCUAUCGAAACCUUUCGCAACGGUACACGUUCCUCGGUUGUAGUCGCGUACAAAGUAUUUCUGUCGUGAGAGUAGUGCGACGCAGCAGGCCAGGACCGAGAGUUUCGCAGCGACGAACAAAGGGAGAUGGUCUAUUGAGCGCGGGUGGUGCGUAUCGGGCGGCCGUGACGUCACUCGGCCAAGGCGUCGAGGCCGAUGCGGCGGGCGCGCUCGUGAUCUCGGCGCUCCGACGAGCGCGGCGAGUGGGUGCAGCGGAGCGGGCCAGCCUGGCCUCCACUGACUCGGGCGACGAGGGCGCUGGGCACCGGCCGCCGCGCAAGCGGACCCGCAGGCUGUCGCCGCCCGCCCGGCCCGCAGACAUGCACCAGCCCUGUACCAACGGCGCGCCACCGCCGCCGCCGCACCAUGUCAAUGGCGACACUGCGACACGUAAUGGCGACCUGCAGCCGCCUGGCCUGCGGAUGAGUCAGACGGACCAGGAGAUCGUGCGCCUUAUAGGCCAGCACCUCCUCUCUAUUGGGCUUGAGCGCAGCGCGGCGCUGCUGAUGGAGGAGUCGGGGCUGCACCUGGAGCACCCGGCGGCCGCCACGUUCCGGCAGCACGUGCUGGCCGGCGACUGGGUCAAGGCCGACCACGACCUGCGCGCGCUGCACGACCUGCUGCGGGACUCGCCGCACGUCGACCCACACAGUCUCGCAGAGAUGAAGUUCGUGGUGCUGGAGCAGAAGUACCUGGAGCACCUGGAGGCGGGGCGCGUGCUGGACGCGCUGCACGUGCUGCGCAACGAGCUGACGCCGCUGCAGUACGACACGCCGCGCGUGCACCGCCUGUCCGCGCUCAUGAUGUGCGCCGACGCGCGCGAGCUGCAGCAGCGCGCGCACUGGCCCGGCUCCGGCGCGCACUCGCGCGCCAACGUGCUCGCGCGCGUACAGUCGGUGCUGCCGCCGACGCUGAUGAUGGCGCCGGGUCGUCUCCGCGCGCUGCUGUCGCAGGCGACGCUGCACCAGGCGUCGCGCUGUCGGUUCCACGCGGCGCCGCGUCCGUCCGCCAACCCGGAGAAUAUCCCCUUCUCCCUACUGGCAGACCACCACUGCUCCGCGGAUCACUUCCCGAUACACUCGCUGCAGGUGCUGAAUGAGCACUGCGACGAGGUGUGGUACUGUAAAUGGUCGCCAGAUGGCUCUCGCCUCGCUUCUGGUUCCAAGGACAACACUGUCAUGAUCUGGGACUUCGACCCCGUGGCCAAGCGCCUCACCUUCAGGAAGUCCCUGGAAGGCCACACAUACGGCGUGUCGUUCCUAGCGUGGAGUCCGGACGGUCGUUAUCUGAUCGCGGCCGGCCCUGAGGACUGCCCCGACCUCUGGAUAUGGAAUAUGGAGACGGAGCAGUUGCACCUGAAGAUGACUCACUCCCAGGAGGACUCCCUGACGGCGGUGGCGUGGCACUCCACGUCCGACAAGUUCGUGUGUGGCGGCGCGCGGGGACAGUUCUACCACUGCAGCCUCGACGGCAGCCUGCUGAACAGUUGGGACGGCGUGCGCGUGAACGCGCUGGCGUGUCGCGCGGACGCGCGCGCCGUGCUGGCCGCCGACACGCACCACCGCGUGCGCGCGUACGACUUCACCGACCUCUCCGACCGGAACCUUAUCCAGGAGGAGCACGCAGUGAUGGCGAUGACAGUGAACCAGGCCGACACGCUACUACUGCUCAACGUGGCCAACCAGGGCGUGCAUCUAUGGGACAUACGUGCGCGGGCGCUGGUGCGUCGGUUCCGCGGCCUGAGUCAAGGUCACUUCACCAUCCACGCCUGCUUCGGCGGAGCGCAUCAGGACUUCAUCGCCUCCGGGAGCGAGGAUAACAAGGUGUACAUCUGGCACAUAGCGGGCGAGGAGCCCAUCGCGGUGGUGUCGGGCCACACGCGCUGCGUCAACUGCGUGUCGUGGAACCCCGUGCACCACGACGUGCUGGUGUCGGCCUCCGACGACUACUCGCUGCGCCUGUGGGGCCCGCGCACGCACCACUCCUAGUACCUGGGUGAGGCUCGCUCGGCCCGUAGCCCGCGCGGCGCCGCCCGUACUACUGCUGGCUGCGUGUUGCAGGGACGCGGUGUCCGCCGGGGGUCAUCUGCCAGCGCCAGUGUAACUCUCUGCACUGCAAGCUGGAGCUGGCCCCGCCGCUCGGGCCCGCGCCGCUACCUGCGCCCCCCGCUGCGCCCGCGCCGGGGGCGGAGCCCCAACCUGAGCCCGAGUCUCGCCGCAUGCCUGGGGCUGCGCCCUGAACGUGCCUCCACUGCUCUGUGGAUGCCGACGGGCCUCAAGCUCACACGUGUGUUGGAUAUACGCCACGGAAUCACGACUAGUGCACGUCGCCGACUGACGAUAUUUGAUCUAAAUAGUGUGACAUUGUGUAAUCUGUGUGCGCUGGAACUAAUUUACUCUAUUAUUCAUACUUAAAUAAGUCAUGUAUCGAGACCGGGACCAUCCGACGUCCGGUUCCAUGUAACGAUUGCUCGUAGUAUGUAGUGGUGGUUGGCCCCGCGAUGUAAGAGCCGGCGCCGCCUCGGAUAGUGCCCGCGAGGCAGUAGUCCGUACUGUAUACUGUACGCGAUGUACUGGCCACUGAAACUGUGUAACUUAUGUUUACUGUAAUGUGAGUGAAUAUAGCGCGAGUACACGCGGUGCGGCGGCGCGG